AUGUCUGAUCACGGGGAAGUCGAGGUCGAAAACCCCUCUGGGGCUUUCCAGGCUCUGCCUAAGGACGCUCUUGCCGAGAUGGGCACCGUCAAGCUGUUCAACAAGUGGAGCUACGAGGAUGUUGAGAUCCGGGAUAUCUCUUUGACCGACUACAUCCAGAUUCGCAACCCCGUCUACAUCCCUCACACUGCCGGCCGUUAUGCCGCUAAGCGUUUCCGCAAGGCUCAGUGCCCCAUCAUUGAGCGCCUGACCAACUCUCUCAUGAUGAACGGUCGCAACAACGGCAAGAAGCUCAUGGCUGUCCGCAUCGUUGCCCACGCUUUCGAGAUCAUCCACAUUAUGACCGACCAGAACCCCCUCCAGGUCGCUGUUGAUGCUAUUGUCAACUGCGGUCCUCGUGAAGACAGCACUCGUAUCGGUUCCGCUGGUACCGUCCGUCGUCAGGCCGUCGAUGUUUCUCCUCUCCGCCGUGUCAACCAGGCCAUCGCUCUCCUGACCAUCGGUGCUCGUGAGGCCUCUUUCCGUAACAUCAAGAGCAUUGCCGAGUGCCUCGCUGAAGAGCUCAUCAACGCUGCCAAGGGAAGCUCCAACUCUUACGCCAUCAAGAAGAAGGACGAGCUCGAGCGUGUUGCCAAGAGCAACCGGUAA